CGCUGGUUAGAGCGCGUUGCUCCCAUCCCCCGCCUUUACAGCUCAGGGUAAGGGAGGGGGACAGGAGAGAGAGAGGGAGCGAUAGGCAGCACCCUUGUGAGGGGAAACAAGAGUCAGCUUCGCGGAGAGGAGAGAAGAAAAAAAAGAGCUGGGGCGCAAACAAAAGAGAGAACAUGGAUGAAGCAGGAAAAUGUCUGAUUAAAAAGGCAGCUCAGCGGAGGCUUUGGUCAUCCUGCACAUAGUCCGCCCGUUUUUUUUGGAUGCCGUGACUUGGAGCUGUUGCGCGGGGAGCUUUCAAGGCGGAAAGCAGUUUUUAAACCGUCUGUGGAUGUUGCCAGCUUGCGAUGGCUGUUGCAGGGCGAUGUAGCUGCAUAAAAGAGAACGUGCCUCUUUGUUUUUGUUUCUUCAUUGUUCUACUAAGUGUCCUUACAAAUGCACAAAUUCGCUACAGCAUUCAGGAGGAGCUGGAGAGCGGCACUGUCGUUGGUGAUCUUGUUCGGGAUCUCGGGCUGGAUCUGCGAAAGCUUUCGGCUCGUCGGAUCAGAAUCAGCUCCGACAGUGCGAGGCGAUACUUCAGCAUCAACCACAAAACUGGUAAGCUUGUUAUAAGCGAUCGGAUUGACCGCGAAACGCUCUGUGAAAUCAGCGGCACCUGCACGCUUAAUCUCGACGUGGUGUUGGAAAAUCCAUUUGAACAGCACAACGUGGAUGUUGAGAUUUUGGAUGCAAAUGACAACUCGCCGCUUUUCCCGCGAGAUGAGUACCAGUUGGAGAUCUCCGAGGGCGCACAGCCAGGCGCGCGGUUUUCUAUUGAGGGCGCGCAGGAUUCUGACGACGCCUCAAAUUCCGUUCGCCAUUAUCGCCUCACCUCAAACGAACACCUGGCGCUCGAUUCAACCAAACCACCUGCUGACGGAAAACACAUAGAGCUCGUCCUGAAAAAGCCUUUCGACCGUGAGCUUUUGCAGUCACACCAGUUUCUUCUCACCGCUACUGACGGCGGAUCUCCUCCGCGCUCAGGCACGGCCAAAAUCAACGUGCGAGUUUUGGAUACCAAUGACAACGUGCCAGUCUUCGGCAGUUCCGUAUACAAAGUGAAACUGCGGGAAAACUCUCCUGUUGGUGCGCUGGUAAUUAAAUUAAACGCCACAGAUAGAGAUGAGGGCUCCAAUGGGGAGGUGUAUUACUCGUUUAGCUCUUACACGCCAGAUAGAGUGAGACAGGUGUUUUCCAUAGACACAGACAGUGGAGAAAUUAGAGUUAAAAGCAAUGUAGACUUUGAAGAAACCAGCAGCUAUGAGAUGUAUAUCCAGGCAGCAGACAGAGGCCAAGGGGCCGUAGCAGUGCACUGUAAAGUGGUGGUGGAGGUGCUGGAUGUGAAUGAUAACCCUCCUGAGAUUGUGCUCUCCUCACUCUCCAGUCCAGUUCGGGAAGACGCUCGUGCAGACACUGUGGUGGCUUUAAUAAGCAUAAAUGACAAAGACUCUGGACAAAAUAAGCAGGUCAGCUUGGACAUCAUCCCCCCAAAUCUACCUUUUAAAAUCAAAUCAAUCCGAAACCAUUACACUAUUGUUACCUCUGCCUUCCUGGACCGGGAGACAAUAGCAUCAUAUAAUGUCACGGUUACAGCCACGGAUGGUGGAACGCCACCUCUUUCAUCGUCAAUGACAGUACGAGUAGAAGUGGCAGAUGUAAACGACAAUCCACCACGUUUUGAACAGACUUCAUACACUGUUUAUGUCUCAGAAAACAAUGCACCCAGUGCACCUUUGUGCAUUGUCAAGGCAACAGAUCCUGAUGCUGGUGAGAAUGCUCGCAUCACAUACACUGUCCUAAAUGACAACAACCAUGGUAUUUCAGUGGCAUCAUUUGUUUCUGUCAAACCUGCCUCAGGUGAGGUGUAUGCACUGCGAUCGUUUGACUUUGAGAAGUUGCGUGAGUUUCAUUUCCAGGUUAAAGCUCAAGACAACGGUGUGCCACCUUUGAGCAGAGUGGCAACAGUUUAUAUUUACAUCAUGGACUCCAAUGACCACAAUCCGCAGUUUGUUCGCCCAGCGGCAAACGGCUCACACUCCACAGAGACUAUCUUGCGUAACUCAGAGGCAGGAGUCCUUGUUUCACGAAUCCUGGCUUGGGACUUAGAUGCUGGAGAAAAUGCCUGGUUGCUAUACAGCCUCCAUCACCCGCUGGAAUUGGACUUGUUUAAGGUGCAUGAGUACACAGGAGAAAUCCGCACAACACGGCGAGUAAAUGAGGAUAAUGCUACUGUUUUUAGCCUCACAGUGCAUGUAAGAGAUCAUGGUUUGCCUCCCCGCUCUGCAUCUACAACAAUCAACAUUGCCGUUAUGGAGCUCCCACCCAAAGUGGCCCCAGACCCAAAACGCAUUAUCAGGCCACAUGGCGCAAUGAUGUUCUCCCAUGUAACCCUCUAUCUUAUUAUUGCCCUGAGUGCAACCACCUUUGUUUUCUUGCUCACCGUCUUUGUCCUAGCAAUUGUUCGCUGCCAUGCCUACUGCAGCCAGCCAGAUGCCUGCUCCUGCUCACCUUGCUGUGGGUCCAAGAAGAAAAAGAAGUCUACAAUGAAGAAGGUACCCAAAGAUGGUGGAAGUGGUAGUGUGGCUGCAGGUGGCGGAGGAGGUGGAGCCGCAGGUGGAGGUGGUGGCGCUGCUGGCGGGGUCACAGUCCAGCAACAGUCCGCGAUGAUGCGGAGAGACCUGAAAGUGGAACCACACUACAUUGAGGUCCGAGGAAAUGGCUCUUUAACCAAAACAUACUGCUAUAAGACCUGCCUGACUGCCACCUCAGGAAGUGACACCUUUAUGUUCUACAAUACGGGCCGGCCGUUGAGUGGGACUUGGGGCUCGGGGGCAGACCGUUUCUUCACAGGACAGAGUGGGCAGUUUGUGCGCAGACUGAGCAUGCCCGACGCUACGGCAAUACAGCCUAAAGGUCCCAAUACAGACUGGAGAUAUUCAGCGUCCCUCAGAGCAGGAAUGCAGAGUUCGGUCCAUAUGGAGGAGUCAUCUGUGAUGCAGGGUGCUCAAGGAGUUCUUGUUCAGAACUGGCCCACCGUCUCCAGUGCUCCUGAUAAUGAAGGUGGAGAGGUCUCUCCCCCCGUAGGUGCUGGAGUGGACAGCAACAGUUGGCAUUUUCGAUACGGACCGGGUCCGGGAGGCCCUCCACAUCUGAAACCCGGUGAGGUUCCUCCUGAAGCCUUCAUAAUCCCUGGUUCACCGGCCAUUAUUUCCAUCAGACAAGGAGACGGAGACGACAAGAGCGACUUUAUUACCUUUGGAAAAAAGGAGGAGGCCAAGAAGAAGAAGAAAAAGAAGAAGGAGAAAAAGGAUAAGCGGGAGAAAGGGAAAGAUGAUGAUGAUGAUUAGAGAGAGAGAGAAGGAGUUAAAGAAAGAGCUGAUUUUUUAAGACAGAAGUCUCAACGAAAGUCUGUAGAACAAAACAUGUUUUUAUUAAUUAUAAAAUCCACAUUUGAGGCUCAAGCAAACAUUUUAUGUUGGAUCUAACUGAUAAAUUUGGAUUGAUUUUCUUUCACAUCAGAUCUGGCUUUAAGAAGGUAGCUUCCCCUUCCUUUUAAUUAAGUAAUUGAUUAAUCUCACCUUGAUGAAUUGUUAUAUUAUUGAUUAAUAUUCUCUCAUGCCUCAGCCACUAUUCCUCAUAAAAUGUCCUUCAGACUUAUGUUGGUACGUCUGUCUUAUUCAUCCUCUUGGUUUUUGUUUUCCAAUCUUUUUAAUAGGGAGACAAAAUCUGAUUUGUUUGUAAGAUGUGUGCCGCUUCACAUGGGCUUUCGUGGUAAAAAAGAGAAUAUAAUGGAAGCAGGACACACACUGGUGUAAAUACGCAGAUUGGGCACCGCUGUAUGUAAAGCAGUAAAUACGCUAAAUUAACGCUUUUGUUCAUUCACUUCUCCUUGUGUGGGAUUGAAUAAUAAUCCUUUAAAACAAGAGACUUUGAAACAUUUUCACUUAUAAAGCAAAUCUCAAAACAGUGUUUUAUCCAAAAAAAAAAAAAAAAGCCAAAAAAAAGAA